AUGGCGCACCUCCUCCGCACAGCAGGCCGCGCGCGGUCGUCGAUUGUCGGCCCCACUGCACAGGCAGCCUCCAAGGUGGCGGCCGCGGUGUGGCGCAGGCAGUAUGCUUCUGCGGCGGCCGUGGCUGCUGUCUCCCCGGACAAUGGCGAGCACGCCUUCUUCCCUGGCGAGCCCAGCCAGCCGAUGCUCAAGACACAGAUCCCCGGGCCCAAGAGCAAGGCGGCCAUUGAGCGCCUGGGCAAGGUCACCGACACACGCAGCUUGAACAUGAUGGCCGACUACACGCGCAGCAACGGCAACUACAUCGCUGACCUGGACGGCAACGUUCUCCUCGAUGUCUACGCCCAGAUCGCCUCGAUCCCCGUGGGCUACAACAACCCCAACCUGCACCGCGCAGCCACUUCGCCCGAGAUGGUCUCGGCCAUCAUCAACCGCCCCGCGCUCGGCAACUUCCCCCAGCACGACUGGGCCGACAUCCUCGAGACGGGCAUUCUGUCCGUCGCGCCCAAGGGCCUCACCCAGGUCUUCACUGCCCAGGCCGGCUCCGACGCCAACGAGCUGGCAUACAAGGCCGCAUUCAUGUGGAAGCGCCAGCAGGAGCGCGGAGGAGCCGAUGCCGACUUCUCCGCCGAGGACGUCAACUCGUCCAUGAAUAACCAGGCCCCCGGUGCCCCUGACAUGUCCAUCCUGUCCUUCAACAAGGGCUUCCACGGCCGUCUCUUUGGCAGUCUGUCCACCACCCGCUCCAAGCCCAUCCACAAGCUCGACAUCCCUGCCUUUGACUGGCCCCAGGCCCCCUUCCCCGCCUUGAAGUACCCUCUCGACCAGUUUGCCGCCGAGAACGCUGCCGAGGAGAAGCGCUGCCUGGAGGAGACCGAGCGCCUGAUCAAGGAAUUCCCCAAGCCCGUCGCCGCUGUGGUCGUCGAGCCCGUCCAGUCCGAGGGCGGCGACAACCACGCCUCUCCCGCUUUCUUCCAGGGCCUCCGUGACAUCACCGCCCGCAAUAACGUCAUGUUCAUCGUCGACGAAGUCCAGACGGGCGUCGGCGCAACCGGCAAGUUCUGGGCCCACGACCACUGGAACCUGCAAACCCCGCCGGACAUGGUCACCUUCUCCAAGAAAGCGCAAACCGCCGGCUACUAUUUCGGCAACGAUGCGCUCCGUCCCAACAAGCCCUACCGCCAAUUCAACACCUGGAUGGGCGACCCAGCACGCGCGCUUCUCUUCCGCGCCAUCAUCCAAGAAAUCGAGCGUCUCGACCUCGUCAACCACACCGCCGCCACCGGCGACUACCUGUACAGCGGCCUACAGCGGCUAUCGGAGCGCUACCCGCAGGACAUCCAGAACCUGCGCGGCCAGGGCCAGGGCACCUUCAUCGCGUGGGACACCCCACGGCGCGACGAGAUCCUCAAGCAGGCUAAAGCACAUGGUGUCAAUAUCGGUGGCUCUGGAAUGGAGGCGGUUCGUCUUCGUCCCAUGUUGAUCUUCCAGCGGCACCAUGCGGAUAUGCUGCUCGAGAGGCUCGAGGCGGUGCUUAAGCAGUAG